AGAGUAGUCGACAUCAGCCGCAUAGGUAGCCGCAGCAGAUAGCAGUUGUUUGAGAACGUCUGCAUGAGCUCGUGCAUCACCUGAUCAAAGAAUCCAGCACGUUCUGUUUUCAUGUUCAAGAUCGGUUUAUUUCGCCUUCACCUGCACGGCUUGUCACGUGCGAGACCAGAUCAAUAUUUUACAUCAUUCUGCAUUUCACACAAGCUUCGCUCUGUUGCUGCUCAGCGACUAUUUGUGUCCACUGAAAUAUCGUCGAGAAUGACCGCCCCGGAAAUAUUCGUACUAUCUCGAAUUCCGUACCUCGCCGAAGAUCUCAGAAAGGAACUACACGGCCGGGCAAAUGUCGUCGAGAUCGUUGCGAAGUUCACAGUUCACGACGAGGAACCACAGCUGAAGCAUCAAGUGACUGAACGACUUGCCACUACUCAAAUUCUUGUAACAGAUGUCCAUAUCUUGAAGGACGUGUUGUAUAAGCUACCCAGCAUGAAGUGGAUACAGCUGACAUCAGCAGGCGUGGACAGCUUGCUUCCUCACAUUGACCCUUCACAACCCACUCCAACGUACAUGAUAACACGUGCCUCCUGCUUUGGAAUCCUCAUUGCAGAAUACGUCAUUGCUGGGAUAAUCAACUUUGAAAGAGGACUCUACAGGUAUUUCGAAUACCAGCAAAAGAAGGAAUGGAACGAUUCAAUGUCCACCAGAUUCCGAACCCUUCCAGAUCUAGCAGUCGGCAUUUUAGGCGCUGGAGUCAUAGGAAAUGAAGUUGCCACUACGUUAAGGCAGUUUGGAAGUAAUGUCUAUGGCCUCGCCCGAAGACGUCGAAAUGUUGCUGAGAUGUCGCAUUCAUCAUUUCAGCACAUAUUCGACUCACUUCAUGACCUUCUAAAGGAGUGUGAUUACAUCAUCAACGUUCUUCCAAGUACCCCAGAAACUACUGGAAUGCUGAAUGGAGACGUUUUAGAGCAAUGUGUAAAGAAGCCAGUGUUCAUAAAUAUAGGGAGAGGCACCAUUAUCAAUGAAGAAAGCCUCAUCAAUGCUUUGAGAAAUAAAUGGAUCUCUGGGGCGAUACUUGAUGUGCAUACGGUUGAGCCUCUUCCUCGGGAAAGCCUGUUAUGGACCGCACCUAACGUCAUCAUAACUCCCCACAUUUCUGGUCCAUCAAGAUCACAUGAGAUUGUGAAGAGCUUCAUGAUCAACUUUGAACAUUUCAUGAAGAAUGAAGAGCUCGAGCAUGUCUUCAGUUUCAAGACUGGGUACUAGACACGAGGGUAUUUUUGUGUUAAUUUGCAUUCUGAAAUAUCAGGGGGAUAAGUUUCAUACCAGUGAACAGAUUGUAAAAUUCUUAAUAUGUACCA